CUGCAGUACAGUUAUUUCAUAAAUACGAAGGUAAUGCCAUCAGAGAAAUAGAAAAGGAGCUGAAACUCAUUCUGAAAAACAAAGUAGGAAUUGUGAACUUUAUAAACUGUCCAAGCGCAACUGACAUUGAUCAGGACAAGUUGCUCAUCGUAGUGUGUAUCGUCUCGACUAGAUUAAGUGCAGAUGCAGCAAAAGCUAUAAAAGAUAUUCAAAAUCCUGGAAAUGCUGCACUUUUGAUCAUACAUUUUACAGAGGCACAUGCUUUGCCGAACCAGAAGAGUUCUAGACAUUUGACCGACCAAAGAUUCAAGAACUUGCGUGGUAUCUUUGACAUGUCAUUUAAGUCAGGGAAUGGAUUUUUUCAGUGCGACAUGAACGAAGAAAGCAUAAACGAAUUGUGUUCAUUUUGUAAACAAACACCUUUUGGAGAAAGAUUAUAAUUUCAUACUACACAAUUAUUGUCGUUUGGUGAGGUCGAUAUGGUAUCGACCGAACUUAAAAAGGCAACAAUUGUUUUAUUAUUAUAUCAGCCUACUCAAGUAUAAAAUAAAAUAUCUACAGCCUUUAGGCAUUUUUCAUGGUAAAUUCUGUACGACGUCAUACUGUUUUGACGUCAAACCGUGAUGACGUCACAGCUGGCAGUCAAUACGUAUUUUGGCACCGCCUUCGAGUCAAUACAACUUCUUAUCAUUGUAGUUUCAUCUAGACCAUUACAAUGAACUAUAAAUACAGAUUUAAUAAUAAUUGGAAUUAUCAUACGAAUCAGAUAAGAUCAAAUGUAACAUUAGUGAUGCAUAUUGAAUAUUCACGGUUCAUUUAGUAGCUUGACUGAUUGAUUUUGUCAUGUUUGGAGGUAGUUUUGUCUGUACAGUAAAACAAAAACGGUUCAGGCGACAUUUGUUUCAUGACAGCGUACCAACUUUGAGGUGUCAGUUGAUGUAUCUCAGCAUGACAGUUUCUUAUCUAUGUUUAGCAUAUAACAAGUGAAGAAGCAUUUGAAAUCAAAGUAACUAAGUUGUAAGGCAUAAAAUGAACAACAAUGUGUCACACCUUGGUCCUUCUAGUUAGUUUGUUAGCUUGUUUCUGAGGCAUUGACAAUCAUAGACAAUUGUUGAAUAUGUAUAGAACAUGUCCAUGUCAUCUGUAUAGAAGUAAUAAAACAUCAAUAGCA